CGACAUAGGCCACUGAGUGGUGCUGUGGAGCAUCGGAUUUUGCUGGGUUAAUUUGAGCUGGAAGUUUAAGGCAUCUUUGGUUUAAGUACUAAUGCCGUGUCCCCACAAUUUUGCUGCCAAUGUCUCCUGGCUUUUCCCGGAGGUGGAUUCGCUGCCGCAGCGGGUGGAUGCCGCUGCCUGCGCGGGGUUCCAGGCAGUGGAGGUCGCCUGGCCCUACGAUACUGAAGCCACAGAGCUAAACAAAGUGUUGGAGAAAUAUGGAAUGGAGCUUGUCUUGAUUAAUACCCCGCCAGGAAAUAAAGAAAGAGGAGAACUUGGGCUUGGAGCAGAUCCGAAGCAGCGGGCCGAAUUCCGCAGAGGGCUGGACCAAGCGGUGCAGUAUGCCAAGGCUGUGCACUGCAAGCGGAUCCAUUUGAUGGCAGGACGUGUUCCAACGGGCCUGUGCAGAACAACGGUUGCCAUGGAGAUGGAGGCCACGUUUGUUGAAAAUCUUAAAUAUGCAGCAGAUGUCCUCUCAAAGGAGGGAAUCAUGGGGUUGAUCGAACCCAUUAACACGAGGAUCACGGAUCCCUGCUACUUCCUGAACACCCCGCACCAAGCUGUGAAGAUCUUGCAGCAGGUGGACCGGCCCAACCUGAAGCUGCAGCUGGACCUGUUUCACUGGCAGAUUAUGGAUGGGAAUCUCACUCAGAACAUCACCAACUACUUCCCUCUCAUAGGACACGUCCAAGUCGCACAGGUCCCCAACCGGAAUGAACCAGACAGUCCUGGAGAGAUCAACUACAGCUACAUAUUCAAACUGCUGGAAACUUUAGGAUAUCAAGGGUAUAUCGGCUGCGAAUAUACUCCCAAAGGCAACACAAUAGAUGGUCUUGGCUGGCUGAGGACCCAAUGGACAGAACAUUGACUGGUCCUGCUGAAUGUUGCCAAUGAGGGUGAAGAAUAGAUGGCUAAGCAACCAGCAAAUAACCGUCUAAUUUCUGCACAAUCAGUUUCUAAUUCAGUCCGACAAUGCAGCUAGCUGACAAGAACAAAUUUCUUUGAGCAAAUGUUCGUCAAAUAAUCCAGAGAACUGGAAAAUGAGCUGGAAAAUACCAAAUUGCAGCUUGGCUCACCAGCCUUGGGUGGUGUGGGACCCGCCUCACCUGGUAAAGCUCCACAAGAAGAUGUCGUGAUCCCGACAGAUAAUCGAAUGAAACUCGGCGAUGUUCAUUUGAUUCGGUGACGCUCGUCGGUUAUCAUUGUAUCCAUUCCUGAAAAGAUAGUGCAGAACAAGUCCAUCGCUCUGUUAGUCAUCGUAACUGGAUGAUUCGAAAUAUGUAAUCAGCUUUUCCAUAAAAAAAAAGAAUUAAUCUUCUCAGCUUCAGCAGCUUUUUCUGAUUGUUUUCUGACGCUGUAAUGAACACGGAAUCUUCUAAUUCAUCAUAAAGUAAAACAAAUGUUUUGGUUUUAUUUCCAAUUUCCAGCAGUUGUAGAUUUUGGUUUUAAAAUCUAAUCCCUCAUUUUAACUAAGUAGAGUUAAUUAUUAAACCCAUAUGAUGUAUCAUCGACUCGCAUUCAAAUAAUCUGCUUUAUUCUGCAUGAAUGGUAGCUCAACAGUUUAAACGCCUUGGAUCGAGUCCCUACCCCAGUUUAAUAAAAAUCAAAUUUCAGUUCUGCAGUUCA